AUGACUUUCCUCCAAGGCCAGUGUGACGAUGACUGUUACUACGGGGGCCUCUACGGCUACCGAGGCUAUGACUGCGGGAGCCCCUGCGGCUACCGAGGCUACGGGGGCCUCUACGGCUCCCGCGGCCUCUACGGCUUCGGGGACCGCUACGGCUUCGGGGACCGCUACGGCAGCUUGUACGGCUACCGGGGCAUCUUCGGCUCCGGGGACUGCUACAGCUCUGGGGGGCUCUAUGGGGGCUACCGGGGCUUCUUUGGCUCUGGGGACUGCUAUGGAUACCCCGGGUUCUACUCCGGCCGCUACGGGUACCCCUUCGGCUCCCGCUAUGGCCAAAGGUUUGGCUUCGGGGGCUGCUACAGCUGCUAA